UGCAACACGCUUCAGUGCGCCCCGGGAGGGAGAUAAGUGGAAGAGGAAGAGGAGAGACACUACAGUGUGAGGAAGGAUUCAAGCCGGGGAGGUAACUCUUGCACCUGCUGUGAGCUGCUGCCGCGCAUCACCCGCAUCUUCUUCAUGUCCGGCGGUCUAACCAUGGAUCACGCUCUCCUGGCUCGCUCCGCCUGGACCGGUGACUGCAAAUUCGUCCAGCAUCCAUCGGAUCUGUACGCCAGCGUGGUCGUGACGCGCAGCAUCCCCGCAGGCGCGUGCUUUGGUCCAUGCCUGCUCCAGAACACUUUCUACGAAACCAUCGCCUUUAUAGCGCAGAAAUCCUCUGACAGAAGAGCCAAGUCUUAUGUUUUCAGGAUUGACCCCGAGGCGAUGUGCAACUCAGCCCUGGUACUUUCAUGGCUGCGGCUCGUGCAGGCUGCGCGUAACGAAGAGGAGAAGAACACAGAGGCCUUUCUGAAAGCAGGUCAGCUUUAUGUUCGGACAACCCGGGAAAUCCGGCCGGAAGAAGAGCUGCUGGUGUGGUACGACCAAGAGCUGUCCCACCUGCUGGGAUUCACAGACAUGACAAGAGGUUUACAUGAAGAGUUAAAAUGUGGAAGAUGCAGCGAGACUUUCAAAAAUGAGUAUCCUUUCUUGGCUCACUGUCGAUUCCAAUGUCACCAGAGAAAGGAUGACAGCUGCGUCCGCCUCGUUUAUGAGCACAAACAGUUGGAAACAAAGAAGCAGCGCCGAGUGACAGACUUCCACAACAUCGCAAGAGAUCUGGAGCACAAACAGUCAGGCGUUACUGUGGAGGCGGAGAUUUCUCCCAAGAAGAGGAAAUGUGAUGCGACACUCCAUCCCAAAUGGCGCAAAACAGUCCUGUCGGAAAAGACAAACAUUGCAAAUGCUGACAAUAUUUUACAACUUGUAAAGGACUGCGACCAGACCAUAGGAAGUGUUUCUUCCUCUGAAGACAAACUGAAAGGUGAAUUGGUUAAAGUGGACCGUAAAAGUGACGGUUUGGCUGAAGUUGUGGACGCCAAUGGGACUUUUACGCACGACGCAGAGGUGGGUGAAAAGCAGGAGAAGAGGGAAGGCUUUGGUGUGCGCUCCAGUAGCAACAGCGCGUUCUCUCUGGUCAUCUCCAACAACCAUGGCGAACAGAAAAGCGCAUUUUGUAAGCCAAGUAAAAGGACUUCUCCCUUGGAGCCUUCGGCGCAUCUCAGCGGCGCUCCGACAGUUCCUCCCAGCCGCAUAGAGGACAUGCCUGAUGGUUUCACCCCCAGAAGGGUUUUAGGAUACAACAAUCUGAUGGCCCCCAGCAUCUUGAGCAGCGACUUACAGACAGUAGCCUCCCCGGUUGGAAUAAGCAACGCUUUCCAUUACGCACCGGAGCAGUGGUGCAGAAACAUUGGCGCGCAGCUGCACGCGGCCUCCACCCUCACCAUCCUCCCGCCAACUUUCACCUCAUUCGGCGUUUCGGCGCAGAACUGGUGCGCCAAAUGCAACCUGUCCUUCCGCAUGACCUCCGACCUCGUUUUCCACAUGCGCUCUCAUCACAAAAAGGAGUUCGCUGCGGAGUCUCAGGUCAGGAGGAGGAGGGAGGAGAAACUCACCUGCCCGAUUUGCCACGAGUUCUUCCGAGAGCGACACCACCUGUCCAGACACAUGACUUCACACAACUGAAGGGAAACAAUUCUCAAUCUAUUUAUUUUCGGGUGAAUGCUCGUAUUUAAGCUUGUGGACAAAUAUUAGUGAAUGUAGGUAUGAAACAGCCAGUAGGUGACGCUAGAGGGACGCGGUUCUCACUGCAGCUUGGUGCUGUCCUAUUCCAUUUUUGUGUUAGGCUGAUGAUCAGUUUGUGCCUUAUGAGACCUAAAAAUGAGAAAAAGAUUGUCUGAAAAAACAAAUUGCUUUGUGGGAAACAUGGAUUUAACCAGCUUGCAUUUUUGCUCAUAAAUCAAAAAAAUGUGUCGUAUAGGUGAAAAUGUGUCAGUAUUUUUCUAUUCCAACAGGUGGCGACUGACUCCAGCUUUUCCCCACUGUCCUAGAGAAGAAACACUGUACCAAACAGGCUUGGCUUAAUUCUGUCAUCUUGACCCAACUUCCUGUCAAAAAUGUUGUCUUUCAAUCCAAGAAAAGCAAUGCAAUUCUCUUUAUUGGUUUGUUUUGACACCUUGUUAGUCUGUUCAUCUUUCCUAAUGCUUGAAUUUAACAUUAAAAUUCAAUGAAACUAA